AUGGAUCCAAACUCGAACUCUCUACCGCCUCGUGUUCCUCUUGGUGUUUUUUGUUCAAGUGAAGGCCCUGAUCUUCGUACACUUGGUGUUCAAGCCAAAGAAAGUGGACAAGAUUUCCUAGUUGUACCAAUAUCUCGGCCGCAAUUUAAACGGUACUUGUUCGACGAGCAAGUAGACUUUUCCUUAAACAAAGAAUUGCGAAGAACAAUGGAAAACUGGCGAGAAGGAAACCCAUUUUCUCUCGAUGAUUUAUUUUUAAGAAGUGUUGAAUUCGCUGAUAUGGCGGUCGGAAAAAUUUCAGAAUGGAUAGAUUUGGAUUCACCCGACGUUCAAAUACGAAUAAAUUCUGAAAUAGCUAUGAAGCAAGAAAUUGCUUGGGCGACACAUUUAGGCCUUUCAGCUGUGCUUUUACCGUUUCCAAACGAUUCUGCAUUUAAUUAUGCUAGGAGUGUCCAUUCUAUUUUGGGAGUACUAGCGUAUACGCACGUUUGGCUACAAGUGCCAUUGAUCUUACAAGAGCAAAUAGCGGAAACUAAAGAGACUAUCACUUGGGAAAGAUGGAAUCAAUUUCGCACUCUUUGUGAACAUCAUGUUAAAUUAUCUAUAGCUUUGGAGCUUACUGCUGAUCUGCCGGAUAACUAUAUUCUUGAACGUUGGUUCGGUGAACCAAUUAAAGCCGUAAUUGUCCCAACUAAUAUAUUUCUGACAAACGCUAAAGGUUAUCCGGUGCUUAGCAGAAAACAUCAAGCUUUUGUUCGCAGGCUCAUGAGAAUUAGGGCAAAUUUUAUCAUAUCUGACACUGAAAAUCGAAAAAACACUACCAUCGGCGGUACUUCUACGUAUCAAGAAUACUUGCGCCAUUUAAACAGAACUAUGCCAGAACUAAGUGAGGUAGAAAAAUUUGCCACCGGCUACCAAGAUUAUUUGCAGUCACCUUUACAGGCGGUAUAUCACGCCCUACUUGAUCGUGUGCAACCAAAUUCGCAGGAAAUUACCGUCAUAAUGGUCGUUGGUGCUGGGCGUGGUCCUCUUGUAACGCGAAGCUUAGCAGCAGCGGAAAAAGCUAACAGGCCAAUAAGAGUAUAUGCUAUUGAAAAGAACCCAAAUGCCUUUGUCACGCUGCAAAAUAUGAAGGCCGAAGUAUGGGGAGAUAAAGUUACUAUAGCAUUUUCGGACAUGCGACGAUGGAAGGCUCCAGAAAAAGCUGAUAUUAUAGUUAGUGAAUUAUUAGGUUCAUUCGGCGAUAAUGAAUUAUCACCAGAGUGUUUAGAUGGAGCACAAAAAUUUCUUAAAGAGGAUGGUAUAUCGAUUCCAGCCAAUUAUAUAACCUAUAUUGCUCCUUUAUCUUCAUCCAAAUUACAUAGUGAGGCUGCUGCCUAUAAAGACUUGGUGCAUUUUGAGACACCCUAUGUUGUAAUGUUUCAAGCUGUCACUCAAUUAGCAGAUCCACAAAUUGUUUGGAAAUUCGAACAUCCAAAUAAACAAUUAGUUGUUGACGAUGAAGGAAAUACUCUUACGAAUUUUCAUAAUACGCGAUAUUCAAAGAACACUUUCACAAUAACUGAUAGCGCAAUUCUACAUGGAAUUGCGGGGUUUUUCGAAUCCGUGCUAUACAAGAAUAUUACUAUGAGCAUUCAUCCGAAAACACAUUCAGAGGGGAUGUUUAGUUGGUUUCCAAUCUUUUUCCCUUUAAAGACGCCCAUCUUUCUUCCAGGCAAUUCAAAAAUAAAUGUUCACUUUUGGCGGUUGACAGAUUCACGUAAAGUGUGGUAUGAGUGGUGUGUGGAUCAUAGUCUUCAAAUUGGUGCGAAAAAUAUUUCUUUAGGAACUUCUGUUCUACAUAAUGUUGGUGGGAGAUCUAGUUGGAUAGGAUUAUAG